AUGCUUAAUUCCACAUCCCGCAGCUCCCUCCGGGCAGCGGCAUCGCUGCCACAUGCUUCUAGAUCCCAAACCUCGACACUACGCCGAUGGAGCCCCUCGUCUCAUCUUGCGACGCUCUGUCAAUCACGCCGCGCCAUUAGUUCUCUCCGCCCAACCAUCUAUCGUCCAUCAUCGUCGUUUUCCAUUGUGAAGUCUGGAUUUGGCGCAAGAGCAUUUGGAAGCACAGCAGUGAACAUGUCGUCUGGUACUCGUACCGAAACCGAUGCGUUCGGUGAGAUUCAGGUCCCUUCGGACAAAUACUGGGGUGCUCAGACGCAAAGAUCGUUGGGCAACUUUAACAUCAACCAGCCGCAAGACCGGAUGCCACCAGCGAUUGUGCGAGCUUUUGGUAUCCUCAAAGGUGCUGCGGCAACUGUCAACAUGAGAUAUGGGCUCGACCCAACCGUCGGAAAAGCCAUUCAGCAAGCUGCUUCGGAGGUCGCAUCCCUCAAACUUAUUGACCACUUCCCUCUUGUUGUUUGGCAAACCGGCUCUGGCACUCAAUCCAACAUGAAUGCUAACGAGGUUAUUUCGAACCGUGCCAUCGAAAUUCUUGGUGGAACUAAGGGUAGUAAGAAGCCUGUUCACCCCAACGAUCAUGUCAACAUGUCUGCUUCCUCCAACGAUACCUUCCCUACAGUCAUGCACAUCGCUGCUGUCCUCGAGACCGAAGAAACCUUGCUUCCGGCUCUUAAGAGCCUUCGAGAUGCGUUGCAAAGGAAGGUUGAACAGUUUCAUAAGAUCAUUAAGAUUGGUCGCACCCACUUGCAGGAUGCGACUCCCUUGACUCUAGGACAGGAAUUUUCUGGCUACGUAGCUCAGCUUGACCGAAACAUCACGCGCGUUCAAAAUACUCUCCCCGACCUGCGAUUGCUUGCACAGGGUGGUACCGCUGUCGGUACUGGAUUGAACACAUUCAAGGGUUUUGAUGAAGCUAUCGCUGAGGAAGUCACCAAGAUGACCGGCACUGAAUUCAAGACCUCUCCCAACAAGUUCGAGGUGCUUGCUGCUCACGAUGCUAUUGUGGAGGCUUCCGGCGCUCUCAAUACUCUUGCCGGCUCUCUCUUUAAGAUCGCCCAGGACAUCAGAUAUCUUGGAUCUGGCCCACGAUGCGGUCUCGGCGAAUUGAUUCUCCCUGAGAAUGAGCCUGGAUCUUCCAUCAUGCCUGGAAAAGUCAACCCUACUCAGUGCGAGUCUCUGACGAUGAUCUGCUCCCAAGUCAUGGGCAACCAUGUUGCCACCACCGUUGGUGGAAUGAAUGGGCAGUUCGAAUUGAACGUGUUCAAACCUCUGAUGAUCCGCAACCUCCUCCACAGCAUCCGUAUUUUGGGCGAUGGAAUGAAAUCCUUCGAGAAAAACCUUGUUGUUGGUCUCGAAGCUGAUGAGAAGAGAAUUGGAUCUCUUCUCCAUGAAAGUUUGAUGCUUGUUACCUGCUUGAACCCCGUUAUUGGGUACGAUAUGGCCUCUAAGGUGGCCAAGAACGCACACAAGAAGGGGUUGACUUUGAAGCAGAGUGCGAUGGAGCUUAAGGCCCUUAGCGAGGAAGAUUUCGAUAAAUAUGUACGCCCCGAGUUGAUGAUCAGCCCCAAGGAGAAGAAAUAGAUGGACUGUUGGUUUGCUGGCUCAACCAAGUAGAAAGUCUGGCGCUUCGCCAGCAUGUUCCGAUUUGGAGGGGAUCCUGGCAUCUCCUUUGUAUGCAUAGACAAGCAUGCAUGUACCCCAUGCACUUUUGAAUAUAGACAGACAUGACCUCCCAUUCACAAAAUCC